AUGCGAAAUUUGUCAUUGCGCAUACCCGCGUCUGCUUCACGGAGGAGAGCUGAAGUCUCAAUCCAGAACCCAAAUAAUAGCACUGAGCUUGGAGAGAGUCUUAUCUCCAUUUUGCAAAAGGACGCCCCUCAGUUAAACUACCAGCACGUAGUUAACGCACUGGCUCCAAAAGACUUCAGGUCUGGGAUUGUGAUGGAUCGAACAGCGCAGCAGUAUCUGAAUUACUCUCAGAUCAUAUACCGCACACCUACUGAAGUCAUUCAGAAAUUCUUUGUCUGGAAGGCUGCCUCAGAACUCUCAUCCUUUAUCGACUCUCCGCCGACAAAUGCGUACACCGAAUUCCGUCAAGAACUAGCCGGGCAGUAUGACGCAAGCCUUUUACCUCGCUGGAGAAGCUGUGUGCAUCUUAUCGAUGGUAGUAUCGACUGGACUGGUGUAUGGGAUGGUCCAUCUGGCCUGGCUUGGAUUCUAUCCUCUUUACGCGUACUAUUCCGCACAAGCUAUGUAGCAUACCUUGAAGAUGUUUGA